ACAGAUUAACACUUCCCUUUUCUAAUUUCAGUGGGAGACUAAAAGGUUUCUUUUCAAUUUUGAGAUUCAGGAUUGAAGAGGAAGGAGAACAAAAAUGGGAGGUGGUGGUAAUAUGUCUGCUAUGACAACUAAAAAUGAACAGAAGAAAAAUCCUCUUGAAAGAGUGCCAUCUUCAAAGCCACCUUUUACACUUGGUGACGUCAAGAAGGCCAUCCCUCCCCAUUGCUUUGAACGAUCUCUUAUUCGUUCGUUCUCGUAUCUUAUUCAAGAUCUCAUACUUGUCUCCAUCUUUUAUUACAUUGCCAACACUUACAUUCACCUUCUUCCAUCACCAUUAACCUAUUUGGCAUGGACUACUUAUUGGAUUGCUCAAGGUUGUGUUUGCACCGGAAUAUGGGUCAUUGGCCAUGAAUGUGGUCACCAUGGCUUUAGUGAUUACCAAUGGGUAGAUGACACUGUUGGUCUUAUCCUCCACUCUGCACUUCUAACACCAUACUUUGCAUGGAAACAUAGUCAUCGUCGUCACCAUGCAAACACAGGUUCCCUUGAGAAUGAUGAAGUCUACAUACCAAGACUUAAAUCAAAACUAAGAUGGUACUACAAAUACUUGAACAAUCCACUAGGACGAGUAUUCGUACUUGCCUUCACUCUAACUUUUGCUUGGCCUUUAUACUUGAUCUUCAAUAUCUCAGGCAAAAACUAUGAUCGUUUUGCAUGUCAUUAUGAUCCAUAUAGCCCAAUAUAUUCUAAUCGCGAAAGGCUACAAAUCUACAUUUCAGAUGCAGGUGUGAUUGCAGUUACUUAUUUAUUAUAUCGUGUUACUUUAACACAAGGUCUAGCUUGGGUUCUAUGCAUCUAUGGGGUACCCCUCCUUAUUGUGAAUGGAUUUAUAGUGUUGAUCACUCUUAUGCACCACACUCACUCUUCAUUGCCACAUUAUGAUUCAUCUGAGUGGGAUUAUCUAAGAGGAGCUCUAGCUACGGUAGAUAGAGACUAUGGUGUCUUAAAUAAGGUGUUCCACAAUGUUACAGAUACACAUGUUUUGCAUCAUAUAUUCUCAUAUAUAUCACAUUACCAUGCAAUGGAGGCAACAAAAGCUAUCAAACCAUUGUUAGGAGAAUACUAUAAAUUUGAUGAUACACCAAUUUUAAAGGCAAUGUGGAGGGAUACAAAGGAGUGUAUCUUUGUGGAGAAAGAUAAAGAUAAAGGAGUUUAUUGGUACAAAAACAAGCUUUGAAAGUUCAUCAAGAAAUAAUCAUUUGGAAUUGGUCAG